ACACAGUGCUGGCGCCGUUGACUACACCAGCCGUCUCCUGGACCUUGCCUUCCGCCUUGAGGCUCGCCAGACUACUCUCCCCCCCAACCUUCAGAUCUACCCACCAGCAGCAGCAGCAGCAGCAGCAGCAGCAGCAGCAGCAGCAGCAGCAGCAGCAGCAGCAGCAGCAGCAGCAGCAGAAGGAGCAGCAGCAGCAGCAGCAGCAACAGCAGCAGCAGCAGGUGCAGCAGCAGCAGCGGAUGGAGCAGCAGCAGCAGCAGCAGCAGCAGCAGCAGCAGCAGCGGAUGGAGCAGCAGCAGCAGCAGCAGCAGCAGCAGGAGGUGCAGCAGCGGAUGGAGCAGCAGCAGCAGCAGCAGCAGCAGGAGGUGCAGCAGCGGAUGGAGCAGCAGCAGCAGCAGCAGCAGCAACCGCAGGCAGUGCAGCAACAGCAGCCGCUGCAGGAGGUGCAGCACCAGCACCAGCAGCAGCCACAGCAGCAGCAGCAGCAGCAGCAUCAGCCACUGCAGCAACCUCAUCGGCAUCGCUGCACCACCUCUCCCCUUUUCCUUCGCUCCUCUCCCACCCGCUUCUUCAUCCUGGUGUAUGUCGACGACAUGAUCCUGUUCGCCGACGAUGCUGCUGCCAUGCAGCAAGUGAAGGACGCCCUGCAUGCGCGCCUCAAGUGCAAGGACCUGGGUGAGCUCAAGCACUAUCUGGGCAUGACCAUCACCCGGGACCGCACAUCGCGCACCAUUACCCUCUCUCAGUCCUUCUACAUCGACCAAGUCUUGCAGCGGUUCGACAUGGCGCAGGCGAAGCCGGUUACCACUCCCCUGCAGACCGACCACCAGCUUGCCCCUCCUCCUGCUCCCUCCUCCUCUGACCAUCCUUACGCUGAGCUCCGGCCUCAUCAGCUGGCGCUCCACUUGCUCCUCCUCCAUCGCCCUCUCAUCCUGCGAGGCUGAGCUCUAUGCUUGCACCAUGGCCGCUCA